CACCGUCAUUCCUCGUUAUUCAGCUGGAGGUUGAUGUUAGCUCAUGGACCUACUGGGCAAGUGAGCCGUGUGGUGUCAGUGGUGCGUUUUGCGUUUUAGUGCAGUCGUUGUGGGUGCUCUGUUCCAUCUGUUAGUGCCAGCCGUUAGUCGGCUUGAAUUACGGCCACAGGAACCGUCGUUUUGUAAAAGGAUUAAAAGUGAAGCGGUUGUUUGAGUCCUGCGAUAACAUUUUGGGAUAGGAUUAUAUUCAUAGUGAAAUUAUUUUCCCCUGACCUAAUGAAUGCAGGAUGGUGAUUGUUAUGCUAUAAAACGUGAUAAAUCGAAAAAAUAGUGCAAGAACCGUUUGUAUGAGCUUGUGCGUGUGUAAUUAAGGCUCCAGAUAGCAUAAAUAAGAACAAUUAUAUUAAAACUAAAAACUGGAAAACAUUCAUGGAAGUAAAAAUAAACUUACUCAUGGUUUGCGGAACAUCAAACAGACUUCUUCAGUCAUUCUAAUUCCAAACACUCACCGAAAACCAACGAGACACACAGAAGCCAUUCGACCAGCCAGUGGUCAAGUUCCAAAAUCAACAAACACACAUUGAAUCCAUAAUCUUCGGGUGAAAACAAAGUUCAGUGUGAUAACAUUCCGCGGGAUAGUUGCUAGCGGCAGAACAUUAUACAAACACCCACUACGGCCGGUAAAGCUUUGUCGAACUCUGCAUUUGCGCCCAGUGACACAACCAUAGCAAGGAAACGCAAUGAAAGGAGUCCUCGCAUUGUGCCUUCACGUAAUGGUACUCAGCUUCCAAGCAAAGGCCUGGCAGAUGGUGCGGAAUCCCUUCGAGUUCAUGAAGCCACCUGAGAAGAUCCAUCCAGUGACAGACUGCAUGCAUGUGACAUCGGAGGAGGGUGAAUUCUUCUUCAAAAAAGCGGCUCCAGUUGUUUCGGUUCCUAAACACGGCCGACUGAUUGAUAUCCUCAGUGUGGCACCGGUCAUGGACGUGUGUGGAUUGUAUUUCGUAACAGAUCCAGAUAAAAUAGUCGAAGUGACUGUCAAACAUAUCGAUGUGAACUGCGAUCUCGGAGGGUUGAUGUCCUUCGUCGAUGGCUGGGAGUUGAAUGGUAUGUACUUUCCGACCGAGCACGACCAUGCUAAAACAUUGGACCAGCGAGUCGAGGAAUUUUGUAAUGACCCGAAACUAUGGCCAUUCAAACCAGUCCGGAAAGCAUUCCGAUCCAGUCAGAAUGCUGCUCUGAUGCAGUACCGGAUACCCAUCAGUGGAUCGUUCGUGGUGUCAGUGCGGUACAUUCAUAAUCCUGAUCCUUGCAACAUUAUGGCCGAAGGGGUUGCACCAUUUUAUACACUCAAAAACAAUGGUAAAAACCGGAAUUGUUCCUUGACGGCUGUAUUUCCAGCGGUUAUGUCUAUUGUCGGAGUGGAUAUAGGCGAACAGAAGGACGGCGUCAAUUAUGAUUGUGAUCGACCGGGCAUCUCGGAUAAACUGGACAUCGGCGGUUCGACCGGUUUGGACUCAUCCACUAUGGACCUAUCGAGCUCGGUUUGUGGCAAAAGCGCAGAGCUGGGUCCGGAACAAGCCAUUUUCUGCGGCACCACCACGGCUCGUCUGAUCUCCAGCGGUCGGUACACAAAUCAAGCAAUGAUUGCCGUUCGGUUAGCGGACGAAAACGAUAUCUCACUGGCAACGGUUCUCUGCGAUAUGAGACGGAAGAAGAAAAAGUAAAUCGGCUCAAGUGCUGAUUGCUACGAGUCAUUAAAAAAACACAUGAGUUGUAAAAUCAUUUAAGAUCAUCCUGAGAAUGUACUGCGAAGGAAUUUCAUUUUGAGAAUAUAGCUCUAGUCGAACGUGUUUCCAGCGUGUAUAGAUGAGAUGGUUCUGUUUUGGAUUAGGAAGGGAAAUAAGUAGAAAGAAACUUGAACUUAAAUGAGCCGAUAUUUAUUUUAAACACACUACCAAUCUUGGAGAAAGCAAAACAAAUAAAUGCACAGGCACGUAGAAGUAUCAUGUAUAGUGA